AUGAAGGCUAUCAUCGCGGUUGUCUUGGCUGUGGCCAUUUCGGUCAUGGCUCAGAUUGCCACUGUCUCUGAGCCUGCUCUCGCAGAGAUUCAUGCCGCGGCUGCUACCAUCAAGCCUGAGGUGACCACCUCUGACGUGAAGGGGCUGGUGUUCGAUCGAUUCUACCAGGUCUGGUUGGAGAACAUUGAUUUUGAAGACUCUGCUGCGGACGAGAACAUGAAAUGGCUCGCAUCUCAGGGAAUUCUUCUGACCAACUACUAUGCCGUCACCCAUCCUUCUGAACCCAACUACUGCGCUGCCGCUGGUGGUGACACGUUCGGAAUGGACAAUGACGACUACAACCAGAUACCCGCCAACAUUUCUUCUGUCGCAGAUCUUCUUGAUACCAAGAAAAUUUCCUGGGCUGAAUAUCAGGAGCACAUCCCUUAUGCUGGUUUCCAGGGAAUGGACUACUCCAAUCAGGAGACUCAUGCCAAUGACUACGUCCGCAAACAUAACCCCUUGGUGCUCUAUGACUCCGUCGUUUCUGACAGUAGCCGUGCACGUUCGAUCAAAAGCUUCGUGGACUUUGAUAAUGAUCUCAAGAACAAGAAGCUCCCUCAAUGGGCUUUCAUUACCCCCAACAUGACUAACGAUGCUCAUGACACCAAUAUCACCUUUGCUGCGAAGUGGGAGCGUCCCUGGAUGGCAAACCUGCUCAAGAACGAGUACUUCAUGAAUAAUACCGUCGUCCUUCUGACCUUUGAUGAAGAUCAGCACUACGAGCACGACAACCGCGUUUUCAGCGUGCUUGUCGGUGGUGCCAUUCCCGAACAUCUCCAAGGUACCGUCGACGACACCUUCUACACUCACUAUUCGAGCAUUGCCACUGUGUCUGCCAACUGGGGUCUUCCAUCUCUGGGCCGCUGGGAUUGCGGUGCCAACAUCUUCGACAUCGUGGCCAACAAGACUGGAUAUGUCAAUUACCACGUCGAUAAGACAUACCUGACCCUCAACCAGACCUACCCUGGUCCCAUGUCUAUUGGCGAUACAGAGAACGGCCCGACCUCCAAGUUCUUGGCUGAAUGGCCUAUUCCUCUCACCAAGGGUGACUGCUCGGCUGGACAUGGUAUCUUGGACAUUGUCAAGAAGACCUACGGCAAUCUGACUGCGACCUACAACUACACCAGCCCCUACCCCUGGGACUCUGAGCAUGAUUACAACGUGAAAGUCACUGCCACUCGGACCGGCAAUGCCUCCACCUCCAACGAGAAGAACGCGACAUCUGCUCCUACUGCCCACACCGGUACCGGGGUUGCUGCCACAAUUCCCAGCUUGACUGUUGUUCUCGGAGCUCUGCUGGCUGUUUAUUGCCUUUUCUGA